UUUUUUUGCUAGAAAUGAAUCCGCCAGUUAAAAAAGGCAAAUAUUCUAUGGUUGAUGAUGAAUCUAUUCAAUCAUGUAGUACUCAUCUUCAGCAACAACAAAACAAUCUUAAACAAUGUGAAUAUGUUAGCAAUAGGACUAGAUUGAGAUGCCAAAAUUUUAAGUCUAUUGACGAGCUGAAAGACUUUGGAUUUUGUAAUGAGCAUCAAGGCUAUAUUGAACGUAUCAGAAAAGAAGGGCUUAGAACGAAGCAUUUGUUUGACCCAAAUUUUAACAUUACCGAAGGAUUUCUUGAACUUAUAAGUUUUGACGAUGAUGAAACUCUUGAUUCUCGCGUGCCAACAGACUUUCCAUUUAUUUAUGAACCGUUAUAUUGUGAAAGCAGGCUUGAUGGGGAUGAAAAUCCUUUGAGAAAUGCUGGUAUUUUUAACAAAAAGGAAAUUCUCAACGAAUAUUGUAGAGCCAUAAAGCGUUGUCAGGCAGCAAUACGAGAACAACGACUUAUUUAUCGAGAAAAACAUUCAAAAAUUGUUCGACAAGGAAUUCGUUUAGCUGAACAACCAAAUCCUGUCCAAAUUGAUCCAAUCAAAAACGGCGAAAAAAUACAGAGAUUAAAUGUUAUGAGAAGGGAUGCUUUGCGUUUGGAUCAAAGACAAGUAUUUAAAGAAAAAUUUGCUCGUCUUGAUACGGAUUUGAUUGAAAAAUGUGUUGGAAAGAGAAAUAAGUGGCUACAACAAAUUGAACAUCCUAUAGACGAAAAUGAACGUAUAGUUUCACAAUUAGUAACAGAAAUGGUUGAUUUAAUUGUUUUAACAAAAUCUAAAAGAGGGCCAAAAACAAUGUUAAUACCUUCAACAAUGCAUUUAAUUGGAAAACAAAAUUUUGUUUCUUCUUCAACAAAUUCGAGCAGUUCAACAUCAAAUUCGAGCAGUUCAACAGCAAUUUUUUAUCCACUUCCAAAUACAAUAAUUGAUAUUUUGAAGCAAUUUAAAAAUUGUUAUUUUGAAGAAUAUGAAAGAAAAAUUAAAGAAGAAGAAGAAAGGGAAGAAAUUGAAAGGCAGAAACGUUUGGGAAGAAAAAUUGCUAUUAAAAUGGUUAAUAAUAAUAAUAAUUCUUCUUCUACAACAACUUCAACUGGGGCAGCAACAAAUAUUGGAAUAUCGAGAGGUUUUUUAUUAAAUAUUUUUGGUUCUUGCCCUUUGUAUGCUAGGAAUCAGUAAUAUAAGGGGUUUCUCCGAUACCAGAAACCAAGGCUUUUGAACUGAUACUCGUCCGAUAAAUUUUUUCGAAAUCCUACCUUAAACCCAACUUUUUCGCCUCCUAUUUUCUCUGAAUGACUCGAAACAUUAGCAACGAAUAUCGGAAUAUCUAGAGUGUUUUUUUUUGACACUUUCUUUUACUGGGAAGGGACCGGUUUGGGGGAAAAAAGUUUGGUUGUGUUUCAUAUUGAAAAUUCUGUUUAGAAAAUCUUUUAUAACUGC